UUACUUGAGACAAUCAUGGUUUCUGCUGUUCUGGCUGAAGCGUGUUUGCUCCUUCCUUUGUUAUUUUUCCCGCAGAAGGAGUCGUUGGUAGCAGAUUGUAGGGGCAGUGACGAACCGGUUCCGCCCAGUGCGGAAGCUGAGGGGAGUUACUCCCUUUCCAUGGCCGAUCCUUGGCCUGACGGGCAGGAUGGGGCGGGGCAGGCGGCGGGGCAGGCGGGCGGCUUCCCGCGCCCGGCACCGCCCUCAGGGCGCCCGCGCGCGGACAUGGCGGCGCCCGCGUACCCCGCCUGGGUGACGCGCUGGGUGUCGGGGCAGUGGCGGAACAAGAAGCGGCCCCCGACGCUCCGCCCGCCCCGGACACUGGCGCUGGCCGACAAAGUGGCGAACCGCCGGGAGCAGUCGACAGAGGCAACGUGCAUUACGGAGAUGUCAGUAAUGAUGGCCUGCUGGAAACAGAAUGACUUCAACGACACGCCUUGUGCCGAGGAGAUCAGGAUGUUCUAUGACUGCGUGGCAAAGGCAGAAAAAGAGCGCAAGAAUCAAAAUGAGGACAUGCUGUCAUCCAGGGGAAAUUUGCCUUCAAGCAAAGUGAACAAGCUCCUGAAGAGGUUUCCUCAGAUCACACGUUAUGUAUAAUGUGCUAUAUGAGAGAGACUAUGGACAAGCAAUUAAAGUUGGGGUCUUGGUCAAAAAAAAGGAAAGUCGAGUGAAUUUCUGAUGUCAAGUGGUGUGUGGAUCUUGAUCCUGCUUUUGAUUCCAGAGCAAAAACUACCCAUCUUGAAUAUCAGCUGAUUUUGUUCAUGGGACUCUUGGGUCUUGCAGUGUUAGGAUUUCUGCAGUGUGUUGUUCAGCUUGCCUACUCAGGUCCUCACUGUUAAAUAAAACCUUCUAAGCAUUCA